GCUUCUGGCUCCGCCUCUCUUCCCUCUUGGAAAGUGACAUGAAGUUAGGAUCGCAGCUGUCGACGGCGCCGGGCGGAGGAUUCGAGGUUCCCUGUGCGCGGGGUGGGGAAGCGUAAGGAAGGGUUGCCCAAAACUCGAGGCAGGAAUCGAGAGAUCCCCCCGCGAUCCCUCGGUACGGGGGUGGGAGGGAGAGGCAGGACUCCUGGGUUUCUAGGCAGUGUGGAUCCUAGUGGUUAGAACGCAGAUCCUGGAAGUCAAAGUCCUGGCAGAGGGAAAUGGGCAUGUUGAGACAGGGUGUAAGGGGAGUGCUGCCUAGUGGCUAUAGCAAGGGGGUUGUAUGUGCGUUCAUGUGCCUGGUACUGGAAGGGACUGGGAAGGGAGUUAGGGUGUAACUGGGUGGAUAGAUUGGGGGGGGGGUAGAUAAUCCUGUGUACUCUGUAGAAAAUUCAGGGACAGGAAGAAUCAGGGGUCCUGGUUGCUCAGAGAGACUGCUGAGUAGUACCAGUAGUAGCUUAGAACAGUGGCUGGACUUCUGGGUUCUGGGAUCAGGGAGCCGAAAGUGGGGCAAGAGAUUUUGUGCUUAAUAAGGUGGGAUCUGGUGGGUUAGAGGUGGAGGAUCAAGGAGCCAGGAAACCCCUGGGGUGUCUGGAGGCUGGAGAGGGCAGUGGUUAGAGCAGGUUACGAUGGAUGACCCUGAGGAGAUAUUUGGAGGAGUUGGAGACCCCAACCCUGCUCCUUAUGAGGAGCUGGUGUCUGCGAUGGCCGGCGGAUUGUAUGGGGAACUGGAGCGGCUUGUAGGGGCCCAUGGGCCUGGUGCGGUUUCAGGACUCCUGCCGCAACUGGUUUCUGUCCUGGAGUCGCUGCAAGGGGCUUGUGGGCAAGUGCGAGAGCGGGACCAGGCGCUGGAACGCUUGCGGGAUGACCGGCUGCGGCUGCUGGAGCAGUAUGAGCGGGAGCGAUCUGGGCGCAAGCGGGCAGAGGAGAGGUUUAUGGAGCUGGAGGACGCGAUGGAGCAGGAGCGCAAGGCGCAUGCAGCGGCUGUGAGCCGGCUGGAGGGCCAGAGCCGUGCCCUGGAGGGGAAAGCACGCAGCUACGCAGACCAGGUCGCGGGUCUGGAAGAACAAAAAUCUUCACUCCUAAAGGAGCUUUCAACUCUCAGCCAGAGCCACACAAAGAUUGUGCAAAACUACAAGGAAUUGAAAUCGCAAAGGGUGGCGUUGGCUGCUACAAGUCAAGCUGGAUCUCUGACUACAGAAACGAAAAGGUUGAAGCCCCCACCAAUCCAGGCACCCCCAAAGUUCCUCCCAAGCACCUCGGACCCUGGGUCUCCUGAGUUGCCUCAUUCCCCAGGGAAGCCUGCAGAGUUUCGAGAGCUUCCCAGCACGGAGAAGGCUCCGCAGAGGGACACAGAAAGAAACAAUUUCCCCUUGGCGCAAGAAAUGGGGCAGCCGGAACAGGAUGCCUCUCCUACUCUGCAGAGGCGCUUGGAGUUGGACGAUCUCCUGAGCUCCACUCCAGAACUGGGACUGGACCAAAAGCAGCCAAGCAGCCCCCUGAGUAACACCCUCGAGCGCAACACGGUGUCCCUUUUCGCCGAGGUCUCGGGCCUCAGUCCUGAACUCCUCAGCGAUAUGGACGGCGGUGCCGAUUUGCAGGGGGAUGCCUUGGAAACCCUAGUGGCAGAAAACACUCAGCUACAGGAGGCACGAACUGCUCUGGAUACAGCCCGCCGCCAUCUUAUCGCCCGUGUAGAGGAGCUCACCGAAGAGCGCGAGUCGCUACGGGCGGAGCGUGAAGGAACACUGGGGGCCCUGAGCCGCUGCCAAGCCCAGCUGAAGGAGGCUGAGCUGGAACUGAUCAGGAUACGGCAGGAGUUUCAGGAAUCAAGACGUUCUAGUGAGGAUGGGGAGCAGGCUGAAGGAGGCCUGUCCCGGCCUCAGCGGUUCACCCGGGCCGAGAUGGCUCGUGUGGUGAUGGAGCGCAACCUCUAUAAGGAGAGGCUGAUGGAGCUGCAGGAAGCUGUUCGGCGCACAGAGCUGCUAAGGGCUUCGCGGGAGGAACAAGCUGUUCAGAUGAAAAAAUCCUCUUUCUGGAAAAUUUUCGAUCGCUUAUUUAGCCCCUCGGACUCCCCAGAGAGGGCUCCUGCAUCCCCGCUGCCACCCGGGAGGGCCCGGUCCAGCCCCAGCGGCCGCAAUGAAUUGGGAAAGAAUGGAGGACAGCUGUCUCCAGCCUUGAGAUACAUCCCACGAGCUACCUCACCGAAUGAAGCCGACGCCUCCCCUCAGCAGAAGCGGAGAGAGCUGUACCGUGAGAUCCGCUCCCACAUCUGGCAGGAGCAUGGUCGGGCGCAGAUCCAUGGGUGGAGCCAGCCGCCUGCGCUCCAGGGCUCUGAUCCCCUUUCAGGGGCCGCCGACGUACCUGUGCUCGCACAAUUACGGAUGCUAGACCAGAAGGACCCCAAUACAAAGCUCUGGUGUGCUGCAGCAUCAGUUGGCGCUGAGACUCAAGAAGAAGCAGAAACCGGCGCCUCUCACCACUGCUCUCGGCUGUGGGUGGCCUCAGGGACCCACUCUGCAAGCGAAGUGACUCUGUUUGAUGCCCAGAACCCAAACCAGCUCCUGGAACAUUUUGUGCUGCCUGGAGUUCACGUCCUCUCCAUCGCAUGCGUACCUGGCCUCGCUGUGCCUGGUAGCGAGAGUCCCGAGCGAGAGCCAGAGAUCCUCGAAGACCCCCUGGCGCCUGGAUCCGACAGCGAGGAUGAAGUGCUGGAGAUGGAGGCAGUUGGCACAGAGCCCACCGUGUGGUUUGGCACCCAGGAGGGCUGCAUCUAUAUUCACUCUGCUGAGACUGACUGGCGCCGCUGCCAGGGCAAAGUGCAGCUGAAGGAUGCCGUCCACUGUAUUGUCCACACCCAGGGCCGUGUAGCAGCUGCUCUAGGGGACGGAUCUCUGGCCAUUUUCCACCGAGACACAGCCCGGAACUGGGACCUGCGCUCCCCACGCCUGCUUGACUUGGGGCGGCCACGGCGCUCCAUUCGUUGUGCCAUCCCCGUGCUUGACCGGCUGUGGUGUGGAUAUGGGAACAGAGUCUAUGUGCUGGAUCCUCGCACUGCUCGCAUCCAGAGGUACUUUGAGGUGACUUCACACCCUGAAAGCCAAGUGCGGCACAUGGCAGCCGCCGGCAACGGCAUCUGGGUCUCGGUUCGACUGGAGUCCACCCUGCGCCUCCUCCAUGCUGAGACUGGCCAGCCGCUGCAGGAAGUGGAGCUGGGGCCCUACGUCAGCCGCAUGCUUGGGCCGAACAGUCUUAGUUUAGCCAUGAACAUCUCAGCACUUGGCGCUUUUGGGAAACGGCUGUGGGUUGGCACCUCUGGCGGCACCAUCAUUUCCCUGCCCUUCAUCUCAGAAUUUGCUGGGAGCUCGGAAAUGUCUUCUCCCACUGGCAUCCCUUACUGUGCUCUGGAGCAAGCCCAGAUCAGCUACCACGCGCACCGUGAUGCUGUUCGCUUCUUUGUCUCAGUCCCAGGGUGUAUGAACCCAUCCUCUUCUGAGAGCACCAAGGAAUCGCACGGCCAAGAGGCAUCAAGCAAACCAUGCAGCUUGGUGCUAAGUGGAGGGGAGGGGUAUAUCAACUUCCGGAUAGGCGAUGACACUGACGACCGCUACGGCGACCUGCUCCUCCCGAACCCACGCUUACGCCGAGCCGAGCGAAGCCACCUCAUUGUCUGGCAGGUGCAGGCCUGAGGCUCUGGUGAUGGGCACAGUCACUACUUCAGGGUGGUGUGGCACAGCUCCAGCCUAGGAGGGAAUUGCACCGUGGACAGAUAAGACGCUGGUGGUUGUGGGCUUCCCAUCUCACUCUCCUGCCCUCUUUCCCCACGUGUUUAACCCUCUGGUGUCUGAGGGUCGGGGCAAUGACUUUUUGCAAUGUUCUCAGGCCGAGGAUUAUAGCAGAAGCCAUCUGGAUGCAAGGAUCUGUUUUUUGUGAAUCUGCACAUUGAGGGGAUCUGCAACGGGUGGUUCCUUGCCCCCAACCCCUUUCUAAAUAAGCACUUCCACUGCUAAGGAACUGGAGCACUGUGCUGCUUUGCAGUAAGUCAACCUGCUCUGAUACAGACUAAGCCCCUGUCGAAUCCUGCUAUGUUCAUGCCUCCCUGGGUUAUACAGCACCAGCAACUUCCCUCUUAGUGGCCAGAUGGUUGGGAGCCAGAAUGCAGCUACCUGGGUCAUGUAGAAGGGAAGAGGCCUCUGUUACCAGUUGGGAAUAAACGAAGCAGAUAUGGUGAGUUAGAGCGCACAAGGCCAAGAACCAGGACUCCUGGGUUUAUCUGGAAAAGGAGCAGCAUCCAAGGACAUUGGAGCUACAACCACCACCACCAUCCCGUCCUCCUUUCAUGUGUGAUUCUUUGAUGCACUUUUGAUUCUACGGGUUGAGACAUGAGGAGAAGACACGGGAAAUCUUGAACUACAGGCAUGGAUUUGUUGAAGGCUGUGAGGCAGCACUACUCAGAGAGGCCUGAAGGGGGAGCCCUCUCCCUGCUGUGCUGCCUUUGAUCUGGAAGCGGAAUAUUGAUUGGAUUGUUUCCCGGUGCUAUUGAGCUGAUCAGAUCCUGGCUGCAGUUUUGGAGUGAUGCUAGGGCCGGCCGGGACACACAGCUCACUGUUAAGUUUCUCAGGGUUGCUGUUCCUUGUUUGUCUGUCUCACCCAAGGGUGAGGGUCUCCGGCGGCCUCAGGGUCUAUUUCUGUGGGUUGGUUUCUAAUAAAGCUUUAAUUAUUAUUAUUAC